AUGACCAAAGACAAAAGUGACCACAAAGACACUGCUACAGUUAUGCAUCAAGACGAAACACUACAAGAAACGUCGGAAAAUGAUAUAGUAAACCCUGAUAACGCAUUUCCCUUUGCUGGCACCUCUGAAGAAUUUCUCAAACUGCUAUCCACUGGCACAUAUGAGUCGUUUGAAAAUGGGGUAUUCCUUUGUGGAAGUUGUGCAUGUGGAAAGUCCACCCUAGCAAGUGUUCUUAUUGGUAGCCCAAUACCGCGUACAUGGCAAUCAACAGAUGGAUUAGUCAUACACUUUGGGCGUAACGGUAUCAACUUGGAAACGUUUGAGAUGGUUCCCUUACAAGGAGAAGACAGAGGUCAAAAUGUACUGACGAAAGUUAUAAUCGGUAAGCCAUCUCGUGAAACAAGCACAUGUCAAAGUUCUGAUACCCACCUGGACCAGCACGUUGCGCCAUCACCAAUUGGAACUGAUAAUCUGGAAUUAAAUUUAAUGGAUAUAAGGAACGAAGCCAGUUACAGUUCCAAAGUUUCUCAACUAUCCGAUGCUUGUUUAACAAAAUCUCAAGAUUUACCGAGUACAAAUACCGUCAGAUCUAAAAUGAAAAACACGCCUUCAAUUAGUCUGCCAAAAACAAAGAAAAUUGAAGCAUACGCUGUACAUGAAGACAUUUUGAAAGAGGUUAAGAGUGGUCAAUACAAAAUCAAGAUUGCCCCUUCAGAUCUGGUUGACUUUGGUGGUCAACGAUCGUAUGAUAUGACCCAUCAGUUAUUUGUUCAGCACGGUGGGACAUUUGUCAUUAUGUUUGACGGUAGUAGAGAUUUUCAUGAACCACUGAAGGAAUAUCCUACGGGAGAUAUUUCUAAUGAAUCUAUUGUGCGACAUUGGGUCAACUCAAUACUCACCUACUGUGUUGAUGAUAGUGAUGUUAUGCCAAUGAUCGUGUUUGCUGCAACACAUAUUGACCUGCUUCCGGAGGAUUUACAGAAAAAAAUGAAAGCCAAUUUUGUAAAGAAAGUCACUGACAUGUUUGGUAGCCAUGAAAGGAAGAAACACUUCGUCUUCGAUCCAGUUUUCUUCAUUAACGGUACAGACAAAAACGACCAGGAAAUUCAGAAUUUGAAAAACCAACUUGUUACUAUUGCCCAAAACCAGCCAUCCUGGGGACUACGACGGCCUAUGAUUUGGGUUCCUCUCGAACUUUUGAUCUCAAAUAUGAAAAAAGAUAAUGUCAAUAUUAUAUUCAAAUCACAUUUAGCUGAGGCAAACACAAUGAAUGGAGAUCUAGCACUCUCUGACAAACAACUCGAAGACUUUCUCUUAACACAACACGCUUUGGGUAAAAUCAUGUACUUCAAUCAACCGGAACUUAACAACUUCAUCAUUCUGUAUCCUCCUGCAUUGGUCAACAUCCUGAGGUCAUUUAUUACGGAUGAAAUGUUUUGGCCCGAGGAUGAAACUCUUAGAAACAUCCUUAGAAACAUGACUGAUACUGGAAAGAUAUACAAAAAAGAUCUCCUGAAACUAUGGCAGCAAAAACGAUUCCACACUCACAUACCAGAUGAUGACUUCAAAGAAUUCGUGAUUCAAGUUCUCAUUCAUCUCGAUGUUUUGGUCCUCCCAAAACGAUACUCAGGCAAGAGUGAUGCAUACGUAGAUUAUUAUUUGGUUCCAUGCACAGUAAAAAAGAAGAUGCCGAUGUCAUUUCUAGAUGACAAAUCAUUUGCAAACAGAACACUUUCUUUGGUCUAUCGAUUGCAGCAGUCAUCCAUACCAUCUGCACUUUCCUUCAAACUUAUUGGAGCAGUAAGUGGUAUAUGGCCUAUUAUGGAGUUUAACGGUCGUCCGUUAUUAUACGACUCCUCUGCCGUGUUAUCUGUUGACGGCAAUACCGAGUUCCGAAUGAUUGUCGAGGACACACAGGUUAUUGUCUACCUCACACACAUGUCAUCUAAGUCGUGCAUCUCUCCAGAUAUUGCAGCCAGCAUUCAAGAAUGUCUAACCGCGACUCUAGAAGUUGUUUUAAAAUUCUAUCUCAGCACCAUUGGAAAGAGCCACCAAAUGGCUAAUUUGUCAAAUCUAUUUCAAAUUGAAGUUGGGGAAGUGUGUGGCAGAUCACCCUGCAUGGUAUCCAUUACAAAGGCGAAAUUACAUUCUGAUUGGGUAUGCGACAGCGGAAAUGAACAUUCCUCCAGAUAUCCUUUACUUUGGGUUUUUAAUAAGACACAGGAAGAAUGUCCACCCACUUGUCCAGAUUUAUCAAAUAGAGGAGGUGAAAUCAGAUAA